AUGAAAUACAAAAUAAAACAAGGUAUGGGGCUACCCCUCAAACAAGUUAUAAAAGCAUCCCGUAAAGCGGUAAAAAAUCAAAUUAAUACCACCGGUGUUAAAAAACCACCCACACAAAAACACCUGAUAAACACGGCGAUAAAAGCUGCCAAAAAAAGGAUCAGUGAGAAUAAAAACGGAAAACAUUAUUUGAAAAAACCCAGGGUUAUUCCUCUACCUAAAAGAGGUGGGUUCAUACCACUGAGACCAAUCCUAGGAGCGUUGGCAGCCGACGGAUCUCUAGCUGGCGGAGUGACAACCGCUGCUAAAAACAUCUAUGAAAUGGUUAAAUCAAAAGAGCCUACUACUAACCCGGACGGCGGUCGGUUUCGGUAG